AUGACCUUUGCCCCAGGCACGGUGACCUUUGCCCUGGCAUGGUGGCCAGAUGUCCAUUUGUCCGGCGGUGUUUGGUCAGCCGGCGGAUGCUGCAUUGGUGCCAUUGGUCUGCCCGUUGUGCCGCAAAGCUGCUGCACCAGCCGCCGGCAGCUGCAUUGGUCUGCCUGCCUUUGUGCUGCAUCGCUGCGGUGCGGGUGUGCGGUGCGGGGAGCGGUCAUGGAGGCGGCUGCAGGUUCGGUGCCGGCGGCCGGAGAGGAAUCUCUGGGCGAGUUUGUACAGCGGCUGCGGCUCGUGUUUGAUGCUGUGGCCGAGGAACCGGGCGGCUCGUUGCCGCUGCGACGCUUCAUCCAGACGGGGCUUCGUUUCGUGGAGGGAGAGGAGCUGCAGCGAGUGGCAGAGCAACUGGACCCGCAGGAGUUGGGACACAUCAGCUUCCCCGAGUUCUGCCGUGGGAUCUUCACCAUCAAAGGUUGCGCGGAGCUGCUGGACAAGGGGCUGUGUGUGGACGGCUCGCUGGCCCGAGGCAGCCAGGCCGGUGGGGAGGAGCACUGCGGCCCGCAGGUCAGGGUGCAGAGGUCACAGGAGGGUCAGCUCUACCCCGCUGACGUCACGAUGACUCUCAGGCAGCCGGACACCGACAUGGAGAGCGAUUUCCAGAACCUUCCGUCUGUGGCAGAAGCAUCCGGGACCCCCCCACCCACGGGCACCCACCUCCUGCCCAGCCCAGCAUGUGCUGCUGUCCAGCCGCGGCUCCACGUUGACUGCGCUCAGUGGCGGAGUAUCGACAUCCUCAACUUGCAGAGCCGGCUCCGCACAGCGCAGGCACACAGCUCCAGCACCAAGCUGUCAUCCACAGCAUUCGGCCGACAGCUGUUCCACAGCAGCACGUUGGGCAGCUGCAGCACCGAGGACCUGACCCGGGACAGUGACGACUCACCGCGGCCCGACAUCGCACAGAAGGUGUGUUACCUGGAGAGGAAGGUGACUGAGCUGGAGAUGGAGCGGCUGAAAGGGGAGCAGAAGAGUAAACUCAUGCAUCAGAACAUCCACCUGGUGCACAGGGUCCAUGCAGCGGAGGAGCUGGUCGGACGGGACGAGCAGGGCCGCGCACACGAGACGAUGCGGGAGACGCGUGGCACACACCGGGCAGCUUCUGGACGUGUCCGCGGGGAGACGGAGACGCAGACACAGAGCCUGAGGUACAGGGCGCAGCAGCUGGAUGAGGAAUCGCAGCGACUGAAGCUGACGGCGGCUCGGAUAAAGUGUCGCAGCGAGCGGCGGCUCGGGCAGGAACACCAGUGCAUCUCCUACCAGUGGGAGGAUGCGGGGCUGCGACUGCAGGACGAGCUGCAGCUGCAUCGCAGGAUGGUGGAGCGCAUGCGGCAGAGCCGGCUGCAGUUCCAGCGGGAGGCGCGAGAGGCCAUGCAGGAGCUUGUGGAGGACCUGCGCCGUGAGCUACUGGUGCAGAGCCGCUGUGGGGGGAGGGGGGUUCUCACCCCGUGGGGGGCCCCCUGCACCCGGCUCUGUGACCUCACCUUCCCCCCCCGACCCCUGGAGCUGCAGUACCAGGUGGAGCGGCUCACGCAGGACAAUGAGCGGCUGCAGGAACAGAACGAUGGGCUGAAUGGCCAGGUGUUGGCGCUGAGUCUGAGCGGAGCCGCUGAGCUGUGCGGUGGACAUGCCAGGGCCCAGAACCUGGCCACGGAGAUCGACACCGCCAGCCAGGACCAGCUACUGGGCGCGCUACGUGAUCAGGAGGAAGUGAGUGAGCGACUGCGGGAAUACAUGGAGCGCAUCAUCCUGGCCAUCAUCGAUCACAGCCCCUCCAUCCUGGAGAUCAAGAAGUGAGGCAGCACCCCAGGGUGGCAGCACCCCAGGGUGGCAGCUCUCCAGUGCUGGAGCAGCCCGGACUGGGGUACGGAGGAUGGGAGGGGAGGGACAAUGGUUACUCUGGGGGUGACUCCAGGGGCAGAGGUCAGUCCGAGACCCAGUCUGUAAUCUUGGUGACUGUGGGUAGCGGGGUAGUAGAGAGCAAUGGGCUGAAGGGUCACUUGUCAGCCAGCACGUUCACAGUGAGUGGCAGGGCCCCGGGGUGGAUUGCUCCCUGAAGGUGCCGUUACAGGGAGACAAGGAGGCGAGGACGGCCUUUGUACAUUGUCCUUCAUCAGUCUGAAGAAGUGUCGACCUGAAACGUCACCCAUUCCUUCUCUCCACAGAUGCUGCCUGACCCGCUGAGUUACUCCAGCACUCUGUGAAACGUCACGUAUCCAUGUUCUCCACAGAUGCUGCCGGACGCUGAGUUACUCCAGCACUCUGUGAAACGUCACGUAUCCAUGUUCUCCACAGAUGCUGCCUGACCCGCUGAGUUACUCCAGCACUCUGUGAAACGUCACGUAUCCAUGUUCUCCACAGAUGCUGCCUGACCCGCUGAGUUACUCCAGCACUCUGUGUCCACCCUAUCAAGUAUAGAAGUUGGGGUGUCACGUUGCAGCUGAACUAGAUGGUGGUGAGGAGGUAUUUGGGGUCUUGUCACCCUGCUGAAGGCAGGAAGACUACAGAUUGACAAGGACGUCACUAGGACUGGAGCUCCUGAGAUACAGGGAGAUACAGGCUAGGAUUUUAUUUUUUGCAGUGCAGGAUUCUGCCACCUGAUGGCGUCUAGAACCACAGGACUGGUUUACGGAGAGAGGAGAAAGAUUAAAUAAAAAGCUGAGGGGCAGCUUUUUCCCCACAGAGGGUGGUGGGUUUAUGGAACGAGUUGCCACAGGAGGUCGUUGAGGCAGGUACAACAUGACGUUUGGACAGGUACAUGGAUAGGACAGGUGUAGAGGGAUAUGGGCCAAACGUGGAACCAGGGUGGGUGGGGCAUGUUGGUCAGCACGGGCAAGUUGGGCCGAAUGGCCUGAUUCCGUGCUGCAUGAUGCUGUGACCCCUGACCUCUCCGCAUGUCCCCACAUUUCCUGCCUCUGGCCCCAGUGACCAUGUGACGAAACCCAGCUCCACUCUCGUUACAUUCACUGACAGACACAGAGUGCUGGAGUAACUCAGCGGGUCAGGCAGCAUCUGUGGAGAACAUGGAUAGGUGACGUUUCACAGAGUGCUGGAGUAACUCAGUGGGUGCAGCAGCAUCUGUGGAGAACAUGGAUAUGUGACUUUUCACAGAGUGCUGGAGUAACUCAGCGGGUCAGGCAGCAUCUGUGGAGAACAUGGAUAGGUGACGUUUCACACAGUGCUGGAGUAACUCAGCGGGUCAGGCAGCAUCUGUGGAGAACAUGGAUAGGUGAUGUUUCAGGUCUGGAUCCUUCUUCAAAUUAUGAAAGGGAGGAGGGGGUUUUGAGGAGAAAGGGAGGGGGGCCCCAGAGCUAAACCUAACUCUCUUGAAAACAUCCAGUGAAUCGGCCUCCACUACCUUCUGUGGCAGAGAAUUCCACAGAUUCACAACUCUGGGUGAAAACUUUUCCUUGGACAGACUUGAAUCGCUUUCGCCGAAAGGCCGAGGGGAAACCUAACACAAGUUGAUAAAGUUAUGAGCAGCAUAGAUAGGGUAGACAGUCAGAACCUUGUUCCCAGGAAGAGGGCCCAGCUGUAAUGUAAGGGGCAAAGUUUAAAGGAGAUGUGUGGGGCAGGUUCUUGACACAGAGGGUGGUGGUGGUGGUGGAGGCAGAUGCAAGAGGUGUUUAACAGGUGUUGGACAUGGAGGGAAUGGAGGGAUGGAUUAUGCGCAGGUAAAUAAGGUUCUGUUCUUGUACUGUUCAAUGUUGUAACGAUCAGCACCAGCCCACGCUCACAUCUCGCUGCCACCAUUGGGGGCAAGGUUCAGGAGCUUCUCACCUUUAACCUCUGCAUGACCCCAACCCUGCAGCACCGAGCUGCGAUGGACCUGUCCUCUCACCGCCUGCUUCAGCUGCAGCAACUCAUCUAUGUCUCAUCUUCAUUUAUUGUGUUGAAUGGGCUUGUAGCUGUAGUAAAAUGAUAUUGUGGUCCCAGCACAUGUGGCAAUUUAACACAAACACAUUAAUAAAAUGUCCUCGAAUCUCACGCCUCCACCAUGAAGUCUCAAGUGAAGUCAUUGUUGUGAUUAUAGACGUAUCUGACCGCACACUACCCCUCUAGUGGUCAAAUUAAAAUGCUUCUAGUCAUUUCACAGCAGCUUGGACCAGCUGCUGUCCACAAGGCUCUAUGUUCUCUCUCACCAAUGUCCCCCCCUGGAUACCAGGGGCCACUCCAACGGGAACGUGCGUCCAAUGCGUGGCUUUGCCUGAGACGGAGAUGGUGAACACACACGGCAGCUGCCAGACACACCAGCAACAUGGCAGAUACGGAGCACAGGCGGGCUGGUGUCAUGUACAACACAGACAUUGUGGGCCGAAGGGCCUGUUCCUGUACUGGUCCAUGAGGAAUGGGCAUGGCCUCCUGCCUGGCCCGCUGAGUUACUCCAGCACUCUGGUAUCACAACCCC